AGCGCCGCCGCCGGAAGCGCUGGGCCGUGCUGAGGGAAGCGGGGCGGCGGGAGCGGAGCCGGCGGGGUGUGUGGGGGUCCCGCCGGUGAUGCGCGCCCCGCGGGGGCUCCCGGGCCCGGCGCCGGCUCGCUGAGGCGAGGCGUGGUAUCCCCCCGCCCCACACACCUCCUGUCACUCGCGGUGUCGCCGUGGCCAUGCCGUGCACGUGCGGGAACUGGCGGCGGUGGAUCCGGCCGCUGGUGGUGGUGCUGUACCUGGCGGGGCUGCUGGUGGUGGUGCCGCUCUGCGUCUGGGAGCUGCAGAAGCGGGAGGUUGGAAUUCAUACCAAGGCAUGGUUUAUUGCUGGGAUAUUUCUACUAAUGACUAUACCAAUAUCCCUCUGGGGAAUACUACAACACUUAGUUCAUUAUACUCAACCUGAAUUACAGAAACCAAUAAUAAGGAUUCUGUGGAUGGUGCCGAUUUACAGUUUAGACAGUUGGAUAGCUUUGAAAUACCCCGAAAUUGCAAUAUAUGUGGAUACAUGUCGAGAAUGCUAUGAAGCUUAUGUCAUCUAUAACUUUAUGGUUUUUCUUUCGAAUUAUUUAACCAACCGGUACCCAAACCUCGUAUUAAUAAUAGAAGCAAAAGAUCAGCAGAGACAUCUGCCACCUCUGUGUUGUUGUCCUUCGUGGGCUAUGGGAGAAGUCUUAUUGUUUAGGUGUAAACUGGGUGUUUUGCAGUACACUGUUGUCAGACCAUUUACUACCAUUAUUGCUUUAAUUUGUGAACUAGUGGGAGUGUACGACGAAGGAAACUUCAGCUUCAACAAUGCUUGGACUUACUUGGUUAUACUUAACAACAUGUCACAGCUAUUUGCUAUGUACUGUCUGGUGUUGUUUUAUAAAGUCCUACGUGAAGAACUGAACCCUAUCCAACCUGUUGGCAAGUUCCUUUGUGUGAAGAUGGUAGUUUUUGUUUCUUUCUGGCAAGCUGUGCUUAUUGCAUUGUUGGUGAAAGUUGGCGUUAUUUCUGAGAAACACACCUGGGAAUGGCGAAGUGUGGAAGCUGUGGCUACAGGCCUACAGGAUUUUAUCAUUUGUGUUGAGAUGUUCCUGGCAGCUAUUGCGCAUCACUACAGCUUUUCCUAUAAACCUUACGUUCAAGAAGCUGAAGAAGGGUCAUGCUUUGACUCCUUCCUUGCCAUGUGGGAUAUUUCUGACUUAAGGGCAGAUAUAUCAGAACAGGUUCGAAAUGUUGGAAGGACGGUUUUGGGCCAGCCAAGAAAAAUGUUUUUUGCUGAGGAUCAUGAACAAAAUGAGCAUACAAGUUUACUGUCUUCAUCUACUCAAGAUCCCAUUUCUGAUGCUUCAUCAAUGCCGUCUUCACCCAUGGGUCAUUAUCAGGGGUUUGGACACACGGUGACACCUCUCACCACACCAACGGCAGCCCCUGCGGUAGAUGGCAUUUAUAACACUUCUACUCGAGAUGCUGAGGAGUCACCUGAACUAGAGCAUAAGUUAUCAGAGAAAGCUUUGGAUAAAAGUUAGACUCAUCUUUUCUUUGAAUGUGUCAAGGAGUUCAUUAUAUACUUGCCACACGUUCUGUUAAUAUUAACUUCGUGAUGGAAGUCGAAAUGCUUGGAAAAACUGCUGCGCAGACAGGAAGAGGAUAUGGCUGUAAUGGACACCUGAAUUCUGAAGCUGUAAUGGAUAUGAGUAUCUAAAAGUACCCCGGGAAUAUGAAACACGCACACUGUAAAAGUUCCUGCAUACCUGUAAGAAUUGACUCCUUAAACUGCUAAACAGUUAACACGUCACAUCAAAAUUACACUGACUCCUAUUAAUACAAAAGAAACAUUUCAAUUAAUACUCUGCUCUGCUGAAGGUGAGGUGCAAGUACUACUAGCACUGGAAAAACUUAAUUUCAGGAAUGUAAUUUAAAGAAGGCAGCAGCAAAAAGUGCUUGUGCUUUGCUUGUCCUCUCUAUUGAUGGUAACUUCCAUACCCCAGUGCUGAAUGGAGUGGGGACAAAAUGGUUAACUUCUGUAUAGAUGCCAUCUUUUCCCCUUUCUUGCAUAGCUAAAUAAAACUCCUUCAUCAAGAUGAUUAUUGCAGAGCAUCAGUAAAGAAUCUAUACAAAGAAAGCAUUCAUAGAAGUACUGAGUUGGAAAAGACCUUUGAGAUCAUCAAGCCCAACCAUACCUGUCCCCUAUUAAACUAUAUCCCUAAGCACUUCAUCUCUGUCUUUGAAACACCUCCUGGGAUGGUGACUCAACCACCUCCCUGGGCAGCCUCUGCCAGUGCCCCUUCUGGUGAAGAAAUUUUUCCUGAUGUCUAAUCUGAACCUCCCCCCGCAUAGCUUGAGGCCAUUCUGUCUUGUCCUAUCGCCUGUCACUUGGGAGAAGAGACCAACACCCACUUCUCUGCAACUUCCUUUAAGGCAGUUGUAGACAGUGAUAACGUUUCUCCUCAGCCUCCUUUUCUCCAGGCUAAACAACUCCAGGUCCCUCACCAAUUUCCUACUGGCUUUGCUUUAGAAUUCCAUGCCCAGAAUAUAGGGUUGGCAUAUCUGUUGUCCUUGUAGCUCAUGAUUUGUCUUUUACGUUGAGAAGAGACAGCCAGGAUGAUAGGUUUUGAAUUAAUACCUUACACUCAACUACUUUUUUUCCAAUCCUUCUAAAAUAAGAGUAACGGUUACUACCUUAAAAUACCUGGCAAGGUGGGGAAUAAAGGCUGUCAAAAUGGAAGUGGAAAACAAAACUGGUUGAUUUACAUGGGGCUGCAAUAAAUUCUUUAACACUUAAGGUUUUUUUAAGCUGUUAAGAGAUGGUUAUCUUGACAAGGUGUCUGUAGUAAUUUGUAUUCAUGCAUUUGUGUGUGUGUGUGAUUAUUGCAUCAUGCUUCUAGUAUAGCCUGGAUUCAAAUACACUAUUGAUUUUUUUUUUUCUCCCUUCUACCACCCUAGAAAAAAACUUUCCCAAGGUAAAAACUAAGUAGCUAAUCUAAUACUGGAAUUGCUGUCAUUAGAUUUCAGACCAAGAAGUACCCUUCUGGCAGAAUAUUAUUUUGCAAAAACUGACAAAAUCAAAGGGAUGUUUUUAUUCCAGAUUUUUGCUACUACUGCAUGUUUGCAAUCUGACAAAAAAAAAAAAAAAAAAAAACCUUACAGCAUUGACCUCUAAAGUGACAUCUGAAGUUUCUUUUUCAGCAUUGUCAGCAUUUACAGGAUAAAUGUUUAACUCCUGGCUGUUGCAGUGAACUCAUCUUAAGUGCUUUUUUUUUGCAGUACUAGUGUGAUGUAAAUAUUGCGCCUUACUCACUAGGCUGCAUAUUUUAUCGUUGACUCUGUACUUGCUGUAUCAAAGUUAGUGGGGAAGUGCAAAUCAUCAUUUUCAAUUUGCCAAGUCAUUGCCUUUGUUGUAAAUAAGCAAUUAAAGAUUUUAUUUAAACUGUUCACCUUAUUUCCAUUUAAUUUACUGCUACAGUAGUUGAAGAGCGUGAAUGACACGUGAAUACAACCAUCCUCUUCAUGUGAGAAGGGGAAUCUUCAGGAGAACUAGUACAAGAGUUUGUGCUUUUAGUAUUGAGACUUGUACUGAAAACGAGGUUCUUGUUUGAGUUUAUGAAGGAUCAGAAUCUACUUUUUUUAUGCUUGAUUCCAGGUAUCUCUUUACCCGUGUAAUAUCCAUGUUCUAAAAGGAAACAGCUACUAAGAGCUCACAACACUUGGGAACUUGCAGGCACUUAGAAAUAAUCUGAUUUCCUGCAUGUAUAUGGGUAAAAAGGGGCAUUAGUAGAAAUAAUAUCUGAAGGAUCAGAGCUGCUGGAAGCUACGUAGAUACUGUGCUCUAGCUUUUCAAAAUCUCACAUUGAAGAGUGCUUUUUAUAGUACUUGAAGUUAUGUCUGUUUGGUGCAUGCAAGACUUAAAUGAGGUCUGGAGAGGGGACUUUGAUAGGAAAGCACUUGUUAAGUGUGGUGGUUGCUUCUUUCACAGCACUUCUGGAAAGCUACGAAGUUAUUUUAUCAUUACUCAGUUAUUUCAUUCCACGUGCACAGCAUUCCUGCAUUUUUUUAAUGUGAGAAAACAUUUUUUUUCAUUGCAGUAGCUUACAGAAUCGUACCUUUCCACUAAAGAUUGCUGCUGAAUGUCUAAAAUAAAAGUCCUUCAUUGUCAUCUACCCCGUCUUUCAAAAACUACACCAGUAUUCCAACUAUGACCAUCUAGUUUAUAUUAAAAGUUCAUUUGCAAAUAGUCCAUCUUUAACUUAUAUUUGUUCCUCCAUUGUCCUCCCAGCUUUAAACCAGUCUUAAAGAUUGCUCUGGCCUUAUUUAACAAGAGUGCUUGAGAACUCAAUAACUGCCAUUUUUAGCCCUUUAUUUAGUCUCAUCAAGUAAGGGUAGAAUGCAUCCUUAACUUGUCUUUAACUCAUUUUACCGUCUUUGUCUUAGUUAUUGCUAAAAAGCUCAAUAAAUUUGCCUAACCACUGCUAUUUAAUGGUCUUGUUUUUAUCAAGGUAUUUCAGCCUGAACAUUUCCUUAUAAAACUACACUUACGUGAAAAUAUCCCACCCCUACUCAGUUUAGUUGUCAGACAGCAGCUUUGAUUUUAUGGAUGGUGGUUUUGUUUGGGGUUGGGUGGUUUGCUUUUCAAGAGAAGCUGUUUUCUAUGUAGCAUUAAAAGUCUGUCCUACUCUCAUUCACUUAAUUUGUUAUGUAUUGUACCCCUUGGAUAAAGGGACGGUAUCCACUUACUUUAAUUUUGGGAAACUUGAUUUAGUCAUUACCUCUGUUUUGAAAAAAACAAGCCAAAAUAAACUGUAGCCCUUUUCUCCACCUUUGCAGAAGUGUUAUUACAGCAAUGUAUGAGAGGCAGGUUCAGCUGCAAGCUGAGACAAACACAGCUCCAACAGUCCCUCAAGUUAAACAGAGAGCCUAUCUGAAACAUUUGACUGAAUCGAGAGCACACCUGGAUCUUGCAUACAGUGAGAAGAUAGAAAAAUUAUUUGUGGAUGGCUUUCUCUACAAGAAAGAUGACAG